UCAUACCGACGUCGUUCACCCUGACAACAAUUGACGUCGUCAAUUUCUUUGCAAUGACAGUACAAACAAACAAGUUGUCAUGAUUUUUAUUUGCAGAAGAGGCAUAAAAGAUUGAAAUACAUUCGUGUGAUAGUUUGAAGUAAGCAUCUUGGAGAGAUGUCUGAGGAUACGCAAAUAAAAUCUCUUGUAGAAGAACUUAAGGUUCUCCAGAAUUUGAAAGUCAACACGUCAAAAGGUUCUGGAAAGAGAAAGCUGAAAAGGCGACGAGAAAGCCUCAAAAAUAAGAAGAAGCAGCAAGCUAAAGAAGAUGAAGGAGAAUGUUCCGCAGUCAAUGAGGACUUUGCUUACAGUUGGCAUAAAUGCGCUUGCGGCAUGCAACACCCACCCAUCCCACACUUCACUCCGCCAGAUGGUGUUCGCUGUACUUAUUAUUGGCAAAUUGCAGACAAGUUUCGAUUCAUUAGCUUGCACAGAACGCUGACUACCGAAAUCAAAUUCAUCCAAGCAGAUGAGGAUCAAAGCGGGUUGAUUGAGCUACCAGAGUUGAAAACAUUACUACGCGACAUAUUUGGAAAAGAUAUACUUAGUGAUAGGAUGCUGGAGAAAACAUUUAAAGAGAUAGAUAUGGACCAAAGUGGAACAAUUGACUUCUUUGAAGUACUUACGAUUUUGUACGACUUGGUACAGCGGGCUCCAUCAAACCUUCCAGUGGCUGUACAGAAGGACUAUUCUAAAGUUUGCUCAAUUCAAUAGAAAAACAUUAUUUUGUUUAUCAACUGUUGCGAUCAGUUUUCUUGUUAAUUAUGUCUGAAUAAACAUUUAUAUUAACAUUUUAGCAGUGAAA